AGUCACACGCACAACCUGUGGUAAAACGCCAACCUCGGUCGGUGUUUCAAUUUUGUUCGUCGUUCAGUAGAAACUUUCUAAUCGUUGAAGUUUCACUUGAGACUCUUUUUUUUCGAUUAACACUUCUUUUUUCAAGUGAGAAAACAUUUGAUUGGACAAUUUUCUAGUUGAUGUGUGGAAAAUAAUAUUGAACUGAUUUGUCAGUCUUUGAAUUGUGCAGUGAAGUUAAUUAAAUCUUGCAUGGAAAACAAUUGGAAUAUAUUUUUAAACCAGAGCAAUGGACGAUUCAAAAUCUCGAACAUCCUUUCCAGCCCUAUGCAAGGUGUGUGGCGAUAGAGCAUCAGGAAAGCAUUACGGUCAAAAUUCGAUCUUUUCGAUAUAGUUAAGCUGCGAUGGUUGUAGAGGAUUUUUUAAACGAAGCAUUCGAAGAAACCUAGAAUAUGCAUGCAAGGAAGGUGGAAAUUGUGUCGUAGACGUAUCGAGACGGAAUCAGUGUCAAGCAUGUCGCUUCGCCAAAUGCAUCAAAUCAAAUAUGAGAAGAGAAGCCGUUCAACAUGAAAGGGCACCUCGAACAUGCAACAGUACACACCAUCCCGACGUUUACAGAGUUUCAAUGGAUCCAUUUUCACAAAAUCGACUAAGCACACAAAAUCAAUUAUUUUCACCACUGCCACUGCAUCUGCAAGCCGCCAAUUUUGUAUCAUUUUCGCCGAUCGACCUACCGAAAUAUCCUCCAACGAAUUCGUUGAUGGAUUCGUUCAAUUUCGGUAACUCGGGCAUGUUUCCAUUUCCAAGCCAUCGACACAUGCCGUUUUUACAUAACAAAUUUGAUCAGACAAAAUUACCGCCACUGUCACUAAGCGACCGGAAAUCGAAUUUUCGUGGCAAAGAGGACGAAGUCAGCAGUUCAGAAGAAGUGCGUAGGGAAAACGACGAGAUGAAUGAUAAGCGUGAAGUGAUUUUCGAGUUUGCAGCGAAAUUACUGUUCUUGGCAGUGAAAGAAGUUUGCGAAAUGCCAUUAUUCACCCAAAUACCAGUGAGGGAUCAAACAAUUUUAUUGGAAGAAUGUUGGUCGGAAUUGUUCGUUAUCACUGCUGCCCAAUAUGGAUUUUCCAUCGAAAAUGUUGUAUUGCAACCAGAUGACAAAACGAAGAGACUUCAAAAGGCUAUUAACCAAAUCGUCUUUCAUCAAAUUGAUCAAACAGAAGCUUCGUGUUUGAAAGCUUUGGUAUUGUUUCGGCCAGAUUGCCCGGAUUUAUUAACUACUCACAACAUAACGUUGCUGCAAGAACAAGCGCUCAACAUACUUCUCACAAAAAGCGGUCCAACUCGAAUGGGUCAUCUUUUGCUGGUGCUACCAUGCAUUAAAGCUGCUGCUGAUCGAAAUAUCGUUCAAGAACUUCUGUUCAAAAAGACUGUAGGAGAAGUGGCAAUCGAACGGUUAUUGGGAGAAUUGAUUAAUUUUAAUUUUUAAAUUGUAAACUUUUUGUAUGUGACAUCAUUGUCUGAAAGUGCUAGUCAUGAAUAUAUAUCUUCAUUGUGAAAAUUAU